CAUUAAAUACCGACUUUUUCGGUUACAAAAUUCAAAAUUUGGAAUAUCACCUUUCAGUUUGGCGGUGUAUCGUUAUUUUAAGAUCUGACCACUAUGUUUAAGCUGCUGAGUCGACUGAAUACUAUCAAUGCCAUGACCCCCAGUUGUAAGCAUGCCACCAAGCCACCCGACUCCUCAUUCACCAAGCUGAUGAAGCCCAUGAAGGAGUUUACGCGCGGGAAGAUCCCCAAGAUCAGUGUGGUGGGCGCUGGGCAGGUGGGCACGGCGAUCUGUGCGAUGCUGCUGCUCCGUAAACUCACCAAAUACCUGGUCGUCCUGGACAUCAACUACGAGCUGGCCAAAGCGGAGGCUUUUGACUUCCAGCACGGCUCCGUCUUUUUGGGCGAUCCUCGCGUGGUGCCCUGCGGCGAUGGUUCCCACUCCAAGGACUCGGAUGUGGUUAUCAUUACGGCCGGGGCAAGGCCCUCUGGUAAGGAUCGAUCCCGCCUGGACGCGAUGCACAAGACCGUGGAAAUCCUCAAGGAGGCGGUGCCCAAGCUGGUGGACCUCAGUCCCAAGGCCACCUUCCUGAUCGUCUCGAAUCCCGCCGAUGUGAUGACCUACGCCGUGCAGCGGAUUGGCAAGCUGCCCCGGCAUCGCUGCUUCACCACCGGUUGCCAUUUGGAGUCGGCGCGGUUCCGUAAUCUCAUCGCCGCACGUCUCCGGGUGCCCCCUUCUCAGGUUCAGGGAUUCGUGAUCGGGGAGCACGGCUCCAGUGCAGUGCCGGUGUGGUCCGCCGUCUCCGUUGGCGGCAUCCGGCUGAACGACGUGGUCAAGGACCUGGCCUGUGGCAAGGAUCCCGAGAAUUGGGCGGAGAUCAGUGAGCUGGUCACCACAGUCGGUAGCGCUGUGGGCAAGGUCAAAGGUUACACCAACUGGGCCAUCGCCCUCACCUGUGCGGACAUCGUGGAGGCGAUGUGCAGCGGCAGGGGCAAGAUCGCCUCCGUGGGCACCGACAUGAAGGGUUUCAAUGGCAUCAAGGACAACAUUGUGCUAUCCCUGCCCUGUUUGGUCACAGCCGGAGGCAUUAGUCACGUGUUCGAAAUGCCCCUCACGGAUGUCGAAAAAAAGAAGCUGCACGCCUCUGCUGAGAUUCUUCUCGAGGCCCAAUGCUCCCUGAAAUUUUGAACAAUAGAUAUUCAUUUUAAUAGUUUCAUAUGUUUUGUAAAUGAA